UAAAUUCUUUUUACAUUUUAAUUGUUAUUGUCUGACUUAUAUAAGUUCACACAAAAUAAUAAUUGUUAAUCUAUUAAAUUAACAAUUGAUAGUAACAUUAAAGGUUAAUCGACAUAUUACAUUAAAGGUUAAUUGGAGCGAUGAAUAACGAGGAUUUCGUUGCUGAAGAGGAUACUCGAAUAUUUUCUAUAUGGUUCAAAAUCAAUGAGCCUAACGCAGAUGCAUAUCGAGUAUCUAAUUUAAAAACAUCUGAUUAUGUGCAACUUAAAAGUAACCAUAAAAAGGCCUACGAAUUCGUAAAAGAAAUGGUUGACACAGGAAAAAUAUUCAUUCAUCCAGAUAAUAUAAUUGAAUCCAUUUGGAGAUCCAUCGAUGAUGUAGAUUAUUCGAAAAAUAAAAGUAAAGCUUGGGAGUAUUUUACUCCAAUUACUUCAAAUUCGGCACGAUGCAAAUUUUGCCAGGGCAUAAUUAAAACCGCAGGAAAUACGACAAAUCUACGCUGCCAUCUCAAUUCGAAACACAAACUGUUCAUUCCAGUUGAUCUGCAAGUAAACAAUAAAAAACGUUCUGUUGCAGCAGUUGAGGAACCCUCUAACUCUACUGUUGAGAGAAAAAAAUUAAAGACUCAGACUCAAAUGGCGAAGAAUCCUGUUCUUCAGUUGUAUGAAAAAGCAAAUUCGUAUGCAGAUGGAGGUGUAGAAGCUGAAAAAUUGACGAAUUCUCUUCUGUAUAUGGUAGCUGUUGAUUAUAUGCCACUCUGCUCCGUUGAAAAACAGGGAUUGAGACAAUUUGUGAAAACCGCAAGACCUCGUUAUUCUAUGCCCUGUCGUAAGACUAUUACUAAACUAAUGAGUGAUAAAUAUGAUGUCCUGAAAAUAAAAGUCAUGAGCGAUAUAGGUAAAUGCCCAUUUUACUCAUUGACAUGCGACAUUUGGACUGAUAUUUCCCAGAAAAGCUACUUAGGUGUAACUGUCCAUUAUUUAUCUGCUAACAAUCUGGAAGUAAAAGCACAAAUCUUUGUGUUCAGUCACUGGAUUCCGCGCAUACUGCAGAAAAUAUAGCAUGCUCUUUGAAAAUGAUUUUCGAAAAUUACAAUUUGGAUAUAAACAAAAUAGUAGCCGUGACUAGUGACAGUGCACCGAACAUGAUAAAAUCGAUUAAUACAGUUUUUCAACCGGAAAACGAUAGACGACUCCCAUGCUUCGCUCAUCGCUUGUCUCAUGUGGUUCCUACAGCUAUAUCCAAAAUGUCAAAUAUUAAAGAAAUCAUCGACAAAGUCAAACGUAUUGUGAUGGUUACCAGAAAAAGUGUUCCUGCUUCUGAUGAAUUGCUGAGACUUCAAAAGCGUGACGGUAAAACGGAUGGGACUGCACUUAAAUUUAUUCAAAGCGUUGAAACGAGAUGGAACUCGACCUAUGAUAUGCUUGAACGAUUUUUACUUUUGGAAAACUAUGUUUAUCCUGUAACUUCUAAGUGCAAUCAUCCACCUCCGUUAUUAAGUCAUGAAGAAACUACCAUUUUAAA